AACUGGAGAAAGAAAACUGGCUGCAGUGAUUUUAAGCAUUUACAGUAUUCCUGGAUGAAAUGAUUGUGUGUAAAAUACUUCAGCAAAAUGCAUGUAUGCUGGUAGUUCUGUGUGGGUAUUGUAUAAUGCUCAUGUGUAGAGGCUGGGAGUGUGGUGGAAACGGGGGCAUAAGUAAAUAGCAACAAGCACCGUCUCAAACUAAGUGUUUUGUAAAUUCAAGCUGCCUACUUGGUCAGUAUUGUUAAUCUCCUUCUACAAGGGGUGAAACCAGGGCUCGGUACACGGCGCUGACUUGUCACUGAGUUGCACGCAGGACCUAGGCUUGAACCUGAACUCUGCUGUUCUCGGUUAGAUCCGGAAGGGGUUGAAAUUCCGGCUCUGAGAUUCGGACUCGUGCCUCAGCAACGCAAGGGGAGAGGGGAACUUCUUGAGUGAGAGGAGCUCUCAUACCCAUCUCACUGAGUCACUUUCCUGACAGGAAAUAUGUUGUAAUGCUCGCAGCUCCUCUGGCACAUGUUCAGCCCAGCUCUUGUGAAGAGGCAGAUUGUGUGUGUCUCGGCUCUGGACUUCCUAUUUGGGGGUGGAAGGAGACAGCAUGAUUUGCAGGAGGCAAGUGGAAAGGGGGAGGGAGGAAAGAACAGGCGCUGGCUUUAUUAGGGGAAAUGUUCGGAAAUAAGGGCUGUGCAGGAGAUUGGCAAGUCCCCCCAUGAGCCCUUGGCCCUCUGCAGUGCUGGCAAACAAGCAGUUAUAAUAUUCUGAGCAGAUGAACAGCUCUUGUAUCAUUAUCUCUUGGACCAUGCUGAGUUACCGGGGCCAGAAUCACAACGUGCUUCUCAGCAAGGUUCAACUCAGUGUAGGGCUCAUUGCAGAGGCUGAAGGCUGGGAGGCUUUUUCUCCUUGGAUUGCUCUCAUAGUGGGCUGUAGUCUUCAGCAGGACACGUCCCAUCCUGGCUAACAGGGACCUAGUGGAAGUGGUGAGCAAUGGGGAAGCAGCAAAGGAGAAAGAAUAUAUGGCCCAGAUCUCCCCCGCUAAGCCCUAGGUGGUAGAGUUCUUGGGGAAGGAGGGACCCAGAGACGCAGAUUGCUGCUGCUCGCUGGGAAAAUCCCCGCUUUGCGUGUGCUUCUGAAUGUGCUGUUCUGCUCUCCACCAACGCAAUAUCCUCCUCCUGCUGAGGCAGUGUUACGACACCCCACGUGCAGUAAUCUUGGGCUUUUUCAGAAAUGGGAGGUAGGUGCAAUUGAAUCAGGGCUGCCCAGGAAAUGUUAGAGCAAUUCUAAAAGCUGAGACUGUCAGCUGGGAGCUGUGAAAUGAGCACCCUGGUGUUUGGGUCAUGCAGGCUUGUGCCAAUUGAACUGGCAGAACCCCCCAUGUAUUUCUGUGAGGUAUUUAGUGAUUUAAAAAUAUUCCUCCUUUAGCAGGGGUUUUCUGUACAGGAUGGGUAGAGCCCUUGUGGAGUGCUGCAAGAACAUUUGCCGAAGGGUGAUGCAUGGGAUACAUGAUCAGUUAAAAUACACUUCUUCUGCAAAUCCACUGUAGUGUGUGCAUUUGAUUUUCUGCAGGUCUGUGGGCGACAGACCCACUCUUUGGUUCAGAGCUCCCUUUUUGUUCCAUGGACAUCAUAAACUACUUUGGGCUGUCAAAGCAUCUUUUGUUAUUCAUAACAGGCUUGCAUGACUGCUUGUACUUGGGUGGAGGGGCAGCCGUCUGUGCAGCCCUCUGUUACACUGUGGGGUUUCCUGGAACUGGCACCAAAAGGCAACUGGAGCUCAUUUCACCCUUGCAAAGUCAUAAAUACAGAGCAGCGUGGGAGACUGGACAUGCUCUGAUAAUGUUACAGCAUUUGGGCUUGCUUUUUCUUCUCAGAGAGGGGAGUGUAGAUGGAGGGAGCAGAGCAGAGGUUAUCUGGAGUGAAUGCAGAUGGGCUGUGCACAGUUUGCAUCUGCCCAGUGGUCUCUUAACACCAAGUGAGGCCAUGGAGAUGGGUCGCUGUCACCAGGGAACCUGGCUCCUGGGAUAUUUAAGAUGUAUAACUUGGCAAGGGAUCUUUUUCUGUGCUUUGCUAUAACAGUCAUGUAAUGCUGUAUUGUUGGGACCAGCUCUCUCUCCAGUCCAGGCUGGCAGGGGGCUGGAGGCAGGGGCAGGAGCCCAGGACUGCCCAGGCCAAGGGUACUAGCUCUGCUGAGUCCCGAGCUAUUUGGGUUUACAGAGUGGAUGAGGAGCUACCGGUUACUAAUUUCAGCUGUAAAACACCAGCACUGCCCUGGCUAUAAUGCAGACAGCCUUUCUAUCCAGUUCAGCCAAUAUGGAUGGUAGUGUGUCAGAAAUCUUCAGUGUUGUACUUUACCCUACUUCUUACUGGAGAGACAAAUCCGUACGUUUUAUUUCCCCUCCCAAUUUUGUCAACAGCACUUUGGCUUUAAACAUCUGUUCUUUGGGCUUGGCUGUUUCUACUGUGUAUGGAGGCUGGUGCCGAAACAAAAUCGGUUGCUGAAAGAGAGCUGCAAGCUGGAAGAGGAAAGAAAUGUGAUCUGAGUAGUGUAGAGUAAAAUACUUGGAGUCUGAGACUGAAUUUGUGCCUGAGUCUGCUACUCACUCAUGUCGUAUGUGUGGACAAAUCUCUUCUGGUCUUGAGAACAUAUAUGAUCUGCAGUGCCUGGGUUUGAAUUCUUUACAUGUGACCUUUGGGACAUUGUUUGCAAUGGUACUCAGGGCCUUCUGCUUUCCUCAGUUAAGACAUCCUUAAGAUGGAAAUAAGGCUUAGAACUCUGUGCUUGCAUUGUAGGAUGCUUAAUGAACCUAGAUGUUCUGAUAUCCAGAGAAGCAUAGCAAAAACCAGUGAACCCGGUUUUGGUCCUACAGUGAUUUCUUUGGCACUCCUGAAGUCAUAUAAAUAUACACUGGCUUAAAAGCAACAAAAAACCCAGUCAUAUAAAGAACAACGAUGUGAUGACUGGGGUGUGGACACCAUGAAGCAGAUCCAGAUUUAUGAUGGGGAACCUGCCAAGAUCAAAUGCCCACUUUUUGAGACCUUCUUGAAAUACAACUACAGCACAGCCCAUUCUGCUGGCUUAACCCUGAUCUGGUACAGGAUCGGGCAGGACCGGGAUCUGGAGGAGCCCAUUAAUUUUCGUCUCCCAGACAAUCACAUCAGUAAGGAGAAAGACACCCUUUGGUUCUGGCCUGCUCUUCUCAAUGACACAGGGAAUUAUACUUGCAUGCUCAGAAAUACCACUUACUGCAGCAAAGUUGCAUUUCCCUUGGAGGUUGUUGCAAAAGACCCGCACUCUUGUGUGAGCCAUUCAAUAAAACCUGCUGAGCAGAUGCUCUACUUGGAGGAUGCCGAUGAGAAGAUCAUCUGUCCAGAUAUUGAUGGGUUUUACCCUGCCGGUGUAACACCAACUGUCAAGUGGUACUUCAACUGCAACUUUGUGCAUAACUUCAAUGAACGAUACCCCCGAGGGCCCAGGUUUGUCAUCGGCAUUGUCCGCAGCAUGUAUGAAGGGAAUUACACUUGUAUUGUGACAUUCAAGGACCAUGGAAGAGCCUAUAAUCUCACCAGAACCAUAAAGAUGAAGGUCGUGGGAUCUCCAAAAAAGGCCUUGCCACCACAGUUCUCUUCUCCAAAUGAGAAAGUUGUCUACGAACUCGAAGCAGGAGAGGACCUUGUUCUGCCCUGUGAGGUCUUCUUCACUUUCCUGAAGGAUUCCCGGACUGAGGUGUGGUGGACCAUAGAUGGGAAAAGCACAGAUGACAUCGUGGACCCCAAGAUAAAAGUCACACAAAGUGAAAUUACUAGAGCUUUUGAAGACAAAACUGUCAUAAGGACUCUAACGGUUGCAAAAGCCACACCAGAGGACUUGAAACGGAAUUAUACUUGCUAUGCCAGAAAUGCCAGAGGCGAGGACCAUAGCCAGGCCGUAGUGCACAUGAGAGUUGUAGCACCGAAGUACACUGUGGAACUGGCCUGUGGACUGGGGGCAACCGUCCUGCUCGUUGUGGUGCUGAUAGUCAUCUAUCAUGCUUAUUGGCUUGAAAUGGUCCUCUUCUAUCGGGCUCAUUUUGGAACAGAUGAAACCAUCCUAGACGGGAAGGAGUACGAUGUGUACGUGUCCUACGCACGCAACGCGGAGGAGGAGGAAUUUGUGCUGCUGACGCUGCGGGGAGUCUUGGAGAAUGAGUUUGGGUACAAGCUGUGUAUCUUUGACAGAGACAGCCUCCCUGGGGGAAAUACCACUGAAGCCGUGUUUGACUUCAUCCAGAGGAGCCGCAGGAUGAUCGUGGUCCUGAGUCCUGAUUACUUGACAGAGAAGAGCAUCAGCCUCCUGGAGUUCAAGCUGGGCAUCAUGUGCCAGAACGCCAUCGCCACCAAGCUCAUCGUGGUGGAGUACAGGCCACUGCAGUGCACCCACCCCAGCAUCCUCCAGCUGAAGGAGUCCGUCUCCUUCGUCACCUGGAAGGGGGAGAAGUCCAAGCGCUCCGGCUCCCAGUUCUGGAAGGCGCUGCGGCUCGCCCUGCCGUUGCGCAGCCUGAGUGCUGGCGCCGGCUGGAACGAGAGCUGCUCCUCCCAGUCGGACAUCAGCUUGGACACUGUCCAGAGGAGAAGGAGCCGGUUGAAAGGGCAGCCUGACCCACGGGGCACCAUGGCGGGGACUCUCGUUCCUGGAGGAACAGCCCCAGCCCCCGUGUCAAUGGCCAAACAUCGAGCCAAGCACUUCUUGACGUGCCGAUGUUGUGGGACCUAUUGCAAUGGUGGCAGCAGACUCAAGCGCAAACACCGGGCUGUGGCUGAGCCCAAGUGGGACACUCAUCUCUGCAAGCCAGGCUCAGCCAGGCCCACGGCACAGGGGGUUCAGGGCAGAAGUCGACCUGAUCCCCCGCCGGUACAGGGUCCCGCUCUCGCCCUCUGCCAUUACAGUGACCUGUCGAACAACAAUGACUUCUAUGUACUCUAGCCAAGAAGCUGAGGGCAUCGCAGGUGCUGGGCCAGCAAAAGAAACUCACUGCAGCCUCAGCUAGGAUAUUUUAAUGAUACUGCAGGCUGACGUGGUGUCGUUACCGUCAGUCCCAUGCCAGCACAGAGGACUGCAGCAAUAUCACCGGUGCUGGUGAUGUGAGCCACUGACCUGCAGCUGCACACAGAGCAGCGGCUGGGGGCUGCACACACAGCUCCUUCUACUUAAUUUAAAUUGCAAAGUGGAGCUGAAAAUGUGUUUCUCUGGCGUUGCUUUUCCCCAGCUGUGGUCAUGUUUGCCGCAGGGCUGCUGCUGGGAUUGGAUGCAGGAGGACAGCUGGGGGUCAGGAUGGAGGGAUGGGGAAGAAGCCGUGCUCCUGGUGGUAACUUCUGGAGAAGGCUGCAUUUUGCAAAUGAGGGCAAUGGGAGCCCCAGCCAGUGCAGGAAUACACCAUGCAGUAUUGUGCAUUAUUCACUGUGGUUUAAAAGAACUUGGUCAAAAAUUUUAAGACAAGUCCCGUCUCUCUAAAUAAAACUGAUUUCUUUAACCUGC